UGUGACUGCCAGGAAUGUUGCUGUCCAAUUAGUAUCUGUCUGUCACCUGUCAGACCUACUGGUCAGCCUGGUGGUCAGUCUCCUUAGCUGAUGGAUCUCAGUGGUCAGUGUGAGCCUAUAAGUGGUCAGUCGUGGUCUAAGAGGUUGCUGAACAGCUAAUGGGCAUUUGGAGAUUGACUGGAGCAGAGUAAACAGCUCUCCUAACCAAUACUCUACGGGGAAGUUUGACAGCUGCCAUUAUCCUAGAGAGCAUACAUCUUAUAACAAGGAGGAUAUGCCUGGUCAAAUGAGUACUUCUGACACCAGGAACCCCUAACAGGCUGACAGGUAACCUCACACAGGAUGACUGUGUCACGCUCGCAAGAAUAUGUGUCUAUACUACACAACAGUAAUGGAAAUAGUGCCCCACCUACCCCAGACACGCCCACAUCCUACAACCCCAUGCCAUCCCUAGAUAAAUGUGACCUAUACUCCGUUCCGCUGUCCCCCGGAGGGUCGGGCGAUGAUAAGGAGAAUGAGGAAGAGACUGAGCCGUGUGGGUGGGGACCAUUCACACCGGCAAUGUGUCAACGAUUCCGUACACCUCACUGGAUGUUAUUCUGGCUGUGCUGGGCUGGAGGCAUUCAGGGCAUGGUGGUGAAUGGUUUUGUGAAUGUUGUAAUCUCGAGUGUGGAACGCCGAUACGAUCUGAGCAGCACCGAAUCUGGAGCCAUUGCAAGUUGCUACGACAUUGCAUCCGUCUUAUGUCUGAUCCCAGUCAGCUAUUUUGGUGGACUCGGAUGUAAACCACGAUAUCUCGGUAUUGGGGUGUUUGUGAUGGGACUGGGAUCGCUAAUGUUCUCACUGCCACAGUUCACCUCUGGGCCAUACGAGGUGGGACGUCCUGACGGACCGACCUUAUGUGGUGAACGGAGUAAUACGUCCCUGGAGGACUGUAUGUCCCAAACAGGGCCCCGAGGGCUUUCAUACUACAAGUAUGUCUUCUAUUUGGGACAGCUGAUGCACGGUGCGGGUGCUGCACCACUCUACACACUAGGGACGACAUAUCUGGACGACAACUUGCCAGUUACUUCAUCGUCCAUGUACCAGGGUUUGUUUUAUGGUUGUGCCAUUCUGGGCCCGGCGGUGGGAUACCUGGCUGGCGGAGCUUUCCUUGACCUACAUGUGGACAUUGACAAGGGAUCUAGCCUCAGCCUGUCUCCCUCUGGACCUCGCUAUGUUGGUGCCUGGUGGGUCGGUUUCCUCUUUAGUGCUGCCCUUGCGUUCAUUGUGGCCAUUCCUCUCUGUGGUUUCCCUAGCAACCUUCCAGGAUCAUGGAGGUUCCGGGCAGAACAAGGGAUGGAAGUUUAUCAGACCAAACAGGCACCUUCGGAGCCAGAAUAUGAACCGGAGAAAAAGAAAUUAAAAGUGACAAGAAUUUUUACAUCUCUACGCGUCCUUUUGUUGAAUCCUACAUUCAUGUUCCUCAACUUGGCUGCUGCUUGUGAAGGAAAUGUUUUAGCUGGAUUUGCUACCUUUACACCCAAGUUUAUCCAGGAGCAGUUCAGCAUUCCGUCAUCAACGGCAGCCAUGUUUGUUGGUUUUGCUGCGAUUCCCGCUGGAGGCGGAGGUACAUUCCUCGGAGGGUACCUGGUGAAACGGUACAAGCUUAGAAUGAAAGGAAUCAUCCGUCUGUGCCUUGGGCUGACACUACCAUCUCUGAUACUGGCACUUUGUUUCAUCAUACAUUGUCCAAACCAGGCAUUCACAGGGGUCAAUGUACCAUACAGGGAAAUGCAGAACAGGACGAGUAGUAUCGGAGCAGUAGAAGCUUGUCAUCAGUCAUGUGACUGUUCACAUGACGAGAAGUAUCACCCCGUGUGCGGGAGUGACGGAAGUAUGUACUUCUCUCCUUGUCACGCAGGCUGUACCACCGUUACCGGGGACAUGAAUUCUCGGGUAUACCAUAACUGCAGCUGUAUAAACCCUACGUCCCAGGACAGUCAGCAGGCAGGCGAUGGCAAGUGUGAAACUGCCUGUUGGCUCCUGCCAGUCUUCAUGCCCAUAUUUGGAUUACUUAUGCUGCUGACCUUCACCUCAAGCAUGCCAGCACUCGCAGCCACCUUAAGGUGUGUGCCUCCAGACGAACGAUCUUUUGCCCUAGGUAUACAGUGGAUUAUUGCCAGGUGUCUGGGUUCCAUCCCUGGGCCGAUUUUGUUCGGGAAGUUGAUAGACAUGUCCUGUGUGCUUUGGCAGAGGGAUUGUGGGCAGGAUGGAUCCUGCUUUUUCUACGACAAUAAGAAUAUGAGCAAUAAUCUGCUAUCGGUUGGACUCGUCGGAAAGUUUUUCUCCACUUUAUUUUUUCUCCUGGCCCUAGUCCUCUACAGGGGUUCACCACUAGAGGGCAGUGCUGACUCCGAAGACAAAGAAAGUGGUGACACCUUCUCUAUCAUCCAAAGAUUUACCAAAAGAGACUAUUCAACAUGGGCACCGUCAAAGGGAGACAACCCAAAGUAUAGAUACAAUGACAUCAUCUCUACAGGAUGAAUUACCUAAUAAUAAUGAUAUCAUGUUUAUAGACAGUGAUGAUGUCAUUGAAGGGGAUACAGUAUUAGCAACACAGGAUAUGGGUUUGUUGACUUGAAAUUUUAUUUAUUAAUUUAAUUAAUUUGUUAGACUAAUUUAAAUUAACGUUUUUAAAUCUCUAUAUGAUAUUUUCACUUUUACAAUUGUAAUUUUUUAAUACUUUUUAUGUCUAUUUCUAUUUAUGAGGAAUAUGGUUUCUUCUGAUAGAAAGAAAAACAUUCAAUCAUCUCUUAAUUGUGUAGUUGAACUAAGCCUAUUUACAUGGUGUUACUUGACAAUAUUAACAUUUUGAAUUUUACUCAUCAGAGACUCGGAACAUGGAGUACAUGUAGUGAAUGGUAUUACUUGAUAAUAUCAACAUUUUGAAUUUUACUCAUCAGAGGCAAAUAAGAACAUGGAGUACAAGUAGUGAAUGGUAUUACUUGAUAAUAUUAACAUUUUGAAUUUUGGUAUACGUGUAGUGAACAGGGAUGCUUGACAAUAUGUAUAUCAUAAUGAUAGUACUGUAUUAUUUAUACACAGUACUUCAACUGAACCAAGUGGCCUGUGUUAUUAGCUAUGAAGGUACAUGUGGAUCAGACAUAUUUAAUGUACUUAUGAAUAAUAUCAUCACAUCUGGGAUUAGUGCCUGUGUACCAAUGCCAUUCUGGUGUGACAUAUGGCACCAUCAUUAUAUCCACCAUCUCUUCAAUGGACAGCUAUGAUUCCAGAAUUUCAUUUCUAUUGUAAAGUGGAGAGUAGGUCACCUUACUAGCUCAAGCUAGCAGGGAUUUCCCUUUAGCACAGUUGCUGCCUAUACAUGUCUGCUCAGAGAGCAAGAGGUCUAUGCUAGUUUGAGGCCAGGGCAGGGUAUUUUUCAUUACUCCAUCCCGUAGCAAUGACACUAUCAAAGAAAAAUCAGAAAUUUAUCGAUUUGAUAAAACUUUUAUACCUUCACACUGAAAUAUGAGAAGUCACUUUUGGUGUUGACCAAUCAGAAUGGUGGUUUCUAAACUUUAGUUUUUUACAAUUACAAAACAAGUAUAUCAGCUUAUAUUAAUCACUCCUGUUGAGUAUACCUGUAUUGUAUUCAAAAUGGCCACCAUUAUCUCUUGUUGUCAAGCACAAUAUCUUAUCAGAAUAUGGGAUCAAUAUUAACUUAUGUGUACAUGAAAUAUCCCAGAGACAAGUUAUCAUUUUUCAUUUUCAUCAUUUUCGAUAUUAAAAUUGAAUAAAAAAUAAUUGCAUUUCCAUUGAAUAUAAUUUAUUUGUUAGGUGUGUGACAGAAUGAACUGCCAUGUUCUGCCAUUUCUUGUGUAAUAUGAAUGAUAUAUCUCAAAGGAGAAUAUUAAAUACAGUCAAACCUGUCUUAAGUAGUCACCCAUGGGACAGACAGAAAUUGGCUAUUAAAAUUGGGUUCAUCAUGUUCCACACGGUUUGCAUGAUAACGCUUAAUCCUCGACACGAGAAGUGUGAAGGGUCCGAGGGUGAAGAUUUUUGUAAACAAAACAAAUUACGUGACGACCAAUAAAAAAUCUGUUCAUGUGAUCAUCUCGGCUGUUUACAUCCGGACACAAUGGUCACUUAUAUAAUACGGGAUGAGAUAACGACUAGGGCCAGAUUUCCGUGACCACUGGCCGUGUUAGACAGGUGACCGUUUAUUUAAGGUUCAUUAUAUAGUGUCUUCCAUCAGAUGGACCACAGACUGGCCCCCUACGGAGGUGGCUGCUUAUUCAAGGUAACAAAUCAAGCAGUUUUGACUGUAUUUUAUAUUUACCAGAAAAAUAACAAAAUAUUACAAGGUCCAUUUCUGGUAAAUUAUUGUAUGCUACUUGAACAAAUAUUUUUAUUUGUUUUUGUUAUUUAUAUGGAGUUAUUUAUGCACAGAUAGUGUACAUAGUUAAUUAAAUUAAGAUUGAUCUGUGUAAGGUCAGAAAGAUGGAAUCAGUGAUUUUCUAAUUUGCAUAUGAUUAUGAAUGUUACACAACUUGACUCGACUGAACACCUGCAGCUAGUUAGCUCAAAUGGUUAGAGCAUCUGCCUAGAGUUCAGAAGUCCUAGGUUCGAGUUCCAGUCUGGUUGUCGCAUUUUUUCUCUCCUAUUACAUUUGGGGCCCAAAUAAAUACCCAAAAGGUGGUAUAGGGUGUCGUGUUUGUCUUUGGCGUCAAAUACUUUGUUGAAGGACGGAACUGGGCUGGGCUGAGCGCUAGUGGCCAGGUAGCUCAAGUGGUUAGAGGGUCCAUCUAGAGUUCGGAGGUCUCCGGUUUGAGUCCUGAUCUGGUCCUUGCAUUUUCCUCUCCUGUUACAUCUGGGGCCCAACUAAAAUACCCAAGAAGGAGAUAGAGGGUGUCAUGUUUGUCUUCAGGGCUGAAGACUUUGUUGAAAGAGGGAGGAAUGUACCCGAACUGGACUAGGCUGAGCACCAGUGGUCAGGUAGCUCAAAUAAAGUAUCGGUCUAGAGUUCGGAGGUGCCAGGUUCGAGUCCUGGUUUGGUUGUUACAUGUCCCUGUUACAUUUAUGAUAUAUUUGUUGUGUACAGUAUUGCAGUGUUAAUGGUGCACUUGCUGGGCUAAAUAUAGCAUAUUCAUGAAUAGAUGUUUUUUGGCCAAAACAAUUUCACUGUUGUAAAAUUAAAAUGUUUUUACCUGUUCCUUCAUGUUGUAUGGAUGUUUUGUAAACCGUAUUUGACCUAAUAAGUGCACACCCACCUUUCAGGGAAAGAGGAUGAGUGUGUUUGUUAAAACCUAUAUAAAAUAUUCCUUACUUCACUGAUCUGCUUAUAUAAUUUUUAGUCUUGUAACCAAAUUUUCAAGAUAGAUUUCAUUUCGUAAAGGUAAAUGGAAAUAGAAAAAAAAACGAAAAAAACUAUAACAUUUCUACCCUGACACUUUUUCCUGUACAUGGUUUUAUUAAGCACAUCCCUUUUGUGUUUUGUAAGCCCACAGUGCACUUAUUAGGUCAAAUACGGUAAAGAUUUUUGAUUUUUCAAUAGUCAUCAUUAUGUUUUUAUAGAUCAUCAAGGCAUUAAAUUAUUAAAUGAAUUUUAUAUCUUUCACCAUUUUUAAACAAGUGUUUGUCAUACAAAUGGAGACAAUACAUUCCAUUGAGUCAAAUGUAAUUUUAUUACUAACUGUUGUCGCAGUUAAAGAAUGCAUGGAUCACCUCAUGGCACAUUAAAAAAAAAUAUUAUUGUACAAUGAAACCUGUCUAUACCGACAUCAACAGAGACUGAAUCUUUACUACAGUAUUAAAAAACCUUAAAGAAACCGAGUCUUUAGGUUGAAAAAAAAACAGCAUCAAAAACCUGUCUAUACCAACAUCCAAAGAAACUGAAUAUUUAGGUAGGAAAAUAUAAUGUCAAAAACCUGUCUAUACCGACAUAGAAAGAAACUGAAUCUUUAUGUUGGAAAAUACAGUAUCAAAAAACCUAUCUAUAACAUCAUCAAAAGAGACUGAAUCUUAAAGUCCGAAAUUACAGUGUCAAAAACCUGUCUAUACCGACAUCAAAAGGAACUAAAUCUUGAGUUCAGAACAAUACAGUGUACACCAACUUGUCUCUGUAGGUCAGAUAAGAGAGUGUCAACCAACCUGUCUAUACCGACAUCAUUCGGUCAGAUAUAGUGUCAGUAAAGACAGGUGUCAUUGUAUACGACUGUUGGUGAAUUUUAUUAUAUCUAUGUAAGAAUACCUAUUUAUAUUCGAGAUAACGAGAUGCCAACUUACCGUAUUUGUCUGACAAUGAGGCCAUGCCAACUUACCAUAUUUGUCUGACUAUAAGGCCAUGCCAACUUACAAUAUUUGUCUGACAAUAAGCCUGUCAACUUACCAUAUUUGUCUGACAAUAAGGCCAUGCCAACUGACCAUAUUUGUCUGACAAUAAGCCCAUGCCUGGUUACCAUAUUUGUCUGACAAUAAGCCCAUGCCUGGUUAUAAGUAAAAAUAUUUCCCAUUGUACUGCAAUAAGCCCACUGCUUCCUUUGAUUCUAAAUAUACAUGUAAGACUUAAAAAUAUAAACUUUGUUUAUUUUACAACAAUUUCAAAACAAGUUAUAGCAACUUAUAUCAAUCACUAUUGUUUGGUCUUGAUGGAAGAGUGAGAGGUCUUACUGUGGGACGAAACUGGAGUACCCGGGGAAAAGCCCAUGUGGUCGGGCAAUAUUGCAGCAUAAUGAUUUAGUUUAUUUAUAUAUACAUAAUGUAUUUUUCUGUGUAUGUUAAUUGACUGUUUUUGUAUUCUAAUUGAAAUAAUAUAUGUUUAAACAUAAAGUGCUUAAAUGCUUGUGCAAUAGGUCAUUGUUAAUGUCUCCAUUUCAACCAAGUUUAUCAAAAUGUCUGUAUUCUUGUGUAAUUUUGUAUUCAUGGUACAAUUUAGAUAUUUGUAUUUUUGUGUAAUUUUGUAUUUUGUGUAAUUUUGUAUUUUUGUGUA